AUGAAUUUAACAACACUAGCGCCACUGAGGGACCACGGUCUGAAUUGUCAGGUUUCCUCUCAUUCUUCCUUACAAUGUAAAAAUAAUUACCUUGUACUCCUGUUUGUUCCUGAAAUAGCUUUGGACAAACAGGAUGAAUUUGAUGAAUAUCUCCGAAACAGAGAAACUAAAUUAUCAAGCCCAUCCUUUCCUGGUCCACAACAGAAAACAGUCUCUAUCAUACCCAGACCUUAUAUGACAUCCGGAGAAAAUGCUGGCAUUAAAAUAAACUUAAUGAUUGGUUCAAUUUCUAAUGUAUCUGUUGAUGUCAUCGUUAACAGCACCAAUGAACACCUCCAGCUUGACAGUGGUUCUAUCUCCAAAUUUAUUCUCAAUGCUGCUGGUCCACAGAUACAAGCUGAAUGUAACCGGAAAUAUCCUCAAGGUAUUUCUACAUUUGAAAUAGCCAUCACUGAAGGAUAUAACCUCAAAUGUAAGAAUGUAAUUCAUCUGGUAUUACCUCCCUGGGAUGAAAAUUCAUCUGAUUCAAUAUUGCAAAACUUGACUCGCAUGGUAAACUCUUGUCUAGCAAAUGCUUCAUGUCUCGGGGCAGAAAGCCUUGCAUUUCCUAUAUUAGGAGCUGGAGUAUUGAAUUAUCCCAUUGAAAAACUACCUGGAACUAUGUAUGAAGCAGUCAAAGAGUCAGCUCCAAAAUACGAUAUCAAAGAUGUUUACUUUGUUGUUUUCCCUAAAGACACAGAAAUAGUAAAGAAAUUUAAAGAAUAUUUCCAACAAAUGUCAGCAGAUGGCUCAGCUGUAACAUCAGAUGAUGAAGAUGACGAAGAUGAAGAAAUAGAAGAUAAUGUCUCUACUGGUCAACACGAUGAUGGUGUCACCUUGAAAUUCUUUGCUAAAUACCAAAAUCUUGACAAUGCUAUAGAAACUGUUAAAAAAGAAUACCUUUCUCUGUUGACCACUGAGGAAAUACCAUUUGAUACAAAUUUAACAGAAUCUCGAAAGCUGAGUUUAAGGGAUAUUAGUAGAACACAUGAAGUCCAUAUUUCUAUCAGUAACAAAAUUACAAUUUAUGGCAGACAUUCUCUUAAGCUGAGUUUAAGGAAUAUUAGUAGAACACAUAAAAUCCAGAUUUCUAUCAGUGAAACAAUUACAAUUUAUGGCAGACAUUCUCAUGUAAAAGAUGCUAAAAUCUCUGUCCAAUCAUUAUUAAUGGAAUUCAAAGAAACUGACGAGGAAACUCUUCUUAAAACAAUGGUACAAUGGUCUUACUAUGAUGAAAAUUUUCCAGCAAACCAACAAAUGUUUGAAGACAAAGUAAAUGCCAAGCUUGAGAAAGCAUACUCACUGCAAAAGAAAUUCCUUGAUUGGAACAACAGAAGAUACGAUUUUCAGAAAAUGAGUUUUCAACUCAGAGGGAGUGAUUUUAAAAUGAAGAGAAAACAGAACCUAAAGGACGAAUUGAUCCCUAAUACAUGGUCAACAAUGGAAAACGAGGAAUUAAUUAAAAUUGUUCCAGUCAAAAAUGGACCAGAAUAUGAUGACAUCAAGGCCACUUUCGAUCAGAAUUUGCCUUCCUGUCGUAUAAUCAAAAUUGAGAGAAUUCAAAAUAAAACAUUAUACCAUGGAUACCAAGCAUUGAAAAGAAAGUUUGAGGUAGAAAAUCCAAACAUUACAAAUGAAGUUGAUGGCCUUUGGCAUGGUACUGCUGAAAGAUCUGUUGAUGGAAUAAAUAAAUCAGGAUUCAACCGUAGCUAUUGUGGUAAAAAUGCCACAGCAUAUGGUGAAGGUGUUUAUUUUGCCAGAGACAUCUAUUAUUCUGCAAAUGAUACCUAUUCUACUCCUGACCAUAACGGAAUAAAGAGAAUAUACCAAUGCAGUGUUCUUGUGGGAAGAGUGAUGCUAGGACACCAUGGACUAAAAGUUUUACAUGGUUCUUACAAUUCUGCUAUUGAUAAUUUUCAAAGACCCAAUAUUUAUGUUACUUUUCAUGACUCUCAGGCAUAUCCUAAUUAUUUGAUUACAUUCUCUAAUCAUUGAAUAUAAUUGCAAUUCAUAAAACACAUAUAAAAUGAACAGGAAUAUAUUCAAUAAAAGAAAGACAAAGAAAAUACAGGAAAUUCUCUAAUUCUAGGUGCAAUCCCACGGUCUUUUGUAAGAAUAAAACUAUUCAAUAGAAUAUUUCUCUAUCAUUCA